AUGACUCAACCAGGAUGGCGAGCCCUCAAUGUGGGCAUCAUUGGCGGAGGGAUUGGAGGUCAGGCAUCUGCCAUUGCCCUUCGACGGCAAGGGCACAUUGUAACAAUCUACGAGCGCGCAGAUUUUGCAGGAGAAGUAGGGGCCUCCAUAUCGUGCGCCGCAAAUGGCACAAGGUGGCUCGAGGAAUGGGGAGUGAAUAUUGAACUUGGCGACCCGGUAAUUCUGAGGCAGCUCAUUAGCCGCGACUGGAAAACUGGCGAACCAGCAAGUGUCUAUGACCUCCAUGACUACAAAGAAAAAUGGGGCUAUCACUACUACAUGUUCCACCGGCAGUACAUGCAUGCCAUGCUUAUGGAUAGUGCGGUUGGCCAGCGUGGAGAAGGCGUGCCCGCAAAACUCAAGGUCAAUCACAAGGCCAAAGACGUCAACCUCGAGACUGGCGAGGUCACAUUCGAGAACGGUGUCACAGCCAAACACGACGUCAUUAUCGGUGCCGAUGGCAUUGGUUCGACUGUUCGGAAUGUACUUGGCAUUAAAGUCGACAAGGUCCCAGCAUCCUGGAGCUGCUUGCACACCAACGUAGACACUGAGGAGGCUGUCAAGCUCGGGCUAGUCGACUACUCAAAAAACGCUGCAAUCGAAUACUGGGGUGGGUAUCACUCGCACUACAAGAUUGUCCUAUCACCUUGCAAUGGUGGAAAACUUCUCUCUUACUACUGCUUCUUCCCGCGUGAAGCGGGUGACUUCCAGAAUCAAUCUUGGGACGAGGCUGCCACCCUCCCAGAGUUGCUCGCACCGUAUCCAGACUUAGAUCGCCAGGUGUUCAAGCACUUGGAAAUUGGCUACGAGAUCCGACCAUGGAGGCUUUGGAAGCACCAGCCGUACCCGUACUGGCAGAAAGGAGUGGCCUGCAUUAUUGGAGAUGCCGCACACCCGAUGAUGCCUGAUCAGAGUCAGGGAGCCUGCCAGUCCAUCGAGGACGCCGGAGCUCUUGGCACGAUUUUCAGCAAAAAGAAUUUCAACGGCAACAUUCGCGAGGCUCUUGAAGUUUUCGAAGAGGUCAGGAAGCCGAGAGGAACAAAGGUGCAGGCAGCCUCGGCGCGAGCGAGCGAGAACAUCCACGAGCGCAUUGGCUUCUCCAGCAACAAGAACGAUCCUCAUUACACGGUUGCGGAUGAGAAGAACAAACUCACAAUUGAGGAGAUGAACACGUACGAUAUGCACAAAGACGUGGCGGAGAAACUAGCUGCUCGAAGGGGUACGAACGGCGUCAAGGCUUAA